GCUGGAGCUCAACCCAUGGCGUCCCCUAGGGAAGGAUUAUCUACAAACUUUCCUAUUAAGACUUUGGAAGAGUUCCUCGAUUUUGAGAGGACUCUCGACCCAAUGCAUGAGGACAAUUUGGCUGACCCUGAAAAGGCUUUGAGCAAGCGUGUGACACUUAAAGAAUUUAUGAGUGUGUUAACGCAUAAAGAAUCCAAUUACGCUGCAGACAUUAAGAAGAUCCUCAAGGAAUUAAUCGCCAAAGAUGUUCAACUUAAUUAUAGUGGCGUAGGCCGUGUUGUCAAAGGAAAAGGAAAAAAAAAAUUCAGUGCAACAGCGACUUUUGCGUGUAUGAGAGAUUUCAUUGAGACAAAAUAUAAAGACUCUAAUCAACCAUUGAAGAUUAUUACGGUUACAAGUGAUUGGCUAGCAGGUGCUGGCGACAGAGAUGGAGGAUGCAUACAGCGUAAAAAGGAAGUUGGUGCAGUUUAACUGAAAAAAGAGCUUAGAGGGAUUAAACCAGAACUCACCUGUCAGUGAAAACUUAAUUUUGCGAAUUUACUGUUUCUCGUGUUAAAAAAAAGGAGUUAAUUUUUAACGUUAAUUUUUUUGUUCAUUUUUAUCGGGAGUUUUGUUUAGUAAAGUAUAUGUAUAACAAUAUAUAUAAUAUUAAUAAUAUAAUAAAGACAAUUAAAUAUAAUUACUUCCAA